GAUGCUGGAGAGAAUGGAGCAACACGAAGAGGCAGGCUCUGAACCUGGGGAGCAGAAGGUCCUGAUUGAUAAUCCUGCUGACAUUCUGGUCAUCGCCACGUAUUUCCUGCUGGUCAUUGGUGUUGGCUUGUGGUCUAUGUUCAGAACCAAUAGAGGCACAGUUGGUGGCUACUUCCUGGCAGGACGGAGCAUGGUGUGGUGGCCGGUUGGAGCCUCUCUGUUCGCCAGCAACAUCGGCAGCGGUCAUUUUGUGGGCCUGGCAGGGACUGGUGCAGCAAGUGGCUUGGCGGUGGCUGGAUUUGAGUGGAAUGCGCUCUUUGUGGUGUUGCUCCUUGGAUGGCUCUUCGUGCCAGUGUAUCUGACCGCAGGUGUGAUCACAAUGCCUCAGUACCUCCGCAAGCGCUUUGGUGGGCACCGGAUUCGCCUCUACCUGUCGGUGCUCUCGCUUUUUUUGUACAUUUUCACCAAGAUCUCGGUGGAUAUGUUCUCCGGGGCAGUAUUCAUCCAACAGGCCCUGGGCUGGAACAUUUAUGCUUCCGUCAUCGCUCUCUUGGGCAUCACCAUGAUUUAUACUGUGACAGGAGGGCUGGCAGCACUGAUGUACACAGACACCGUGCAGACCUUCGUCAUUCUUGCUGGGGCCUUCAUCCUCACUGGUUAUGCUUUCCAUGAAGUGGGCGGGUACUCGGGUCUCUUCGACAAAUACCUGGGAGCAGUGACUUCACUGACGGUGUCCAAGGAUCCAGCUGUUGGCAACAUCUCCAGCACCUGCUAUCAGCCGAGGCCUGACUCCUAUCACCUGCUGCGUGACCCUGUGACAGGAGACCUGCCGUGGCCUGCGCUGCUCCUGGGGCUUACCAUUGUCUCGGGCUGGUAUUGGUGCAGCGAUCAGGUGAUAGUGCAGCGCUGCCUGGCUGGAAAGAAUCUGACUCACAUCAAAGCUGGGUGCAUCUUGUGUGGCUACCUGAAGCUGAUGCCCAUGUUCCUCAUGGUCAUGCCAGGCAUGAUCAGCCGCAUUCUGUACCCAGAUGAAGUGGCAUGUGUGGUACCUGAGGUGUGUAAGCGAGUGUGUGGCACUGAGGUGGGCUGCUCUAACAUCGCCUAUCCACGGCUUGUGGUGAAGCUCAUGCCCAAUGGUCUGCGUGGACUCAUGCUAGCAGUCAUGCUAGCUGCCCUCAUGUCUUCUCUGGCAUCCAUCUUUAACAGCAGUAGCACGCUCUUCACCAUGGAUAUCUACACGCGCCUGCGGCCUCGAGCGGGUGAUAAGGAGCUGCUGCUAGUUGGAAGGCUCUGGGUGGUAUUCAUCGUGGCAGUGUCCGUGGCUUGGCUGCCAGUGGUUCAGGCAGCGCAGGGUGGGCAGCUCUUCGAUUACAUUCAGUCAGUCUCCAGCUAUCUGGCGCCUCCGGUGUCUGCAGUCUUUGUGCUUGCACUCUUUGUGCCCCGUGUUAAUGAGAAGGGAGCCUUCUGGGGACUAGUUGGGGGCCUGCUGAUGGGCCUAGCACGUCUUAUACCCGAGUUCUUCUUUGGCUCGGGCAGCUGUGUGCGACCCUCAGCGUGCCCGGCGCUCUUCUGUCGGGUACACUACCUCUAUUUCGCCAUCAUUCUCUUCAUCUGCUCUGGCAUCCUCACACUUGGAAUCUCCCUGUGCACCGCACCCAUCCCUCAGAAGCAUCUCCACCGCCUGGUUUUCAGUCUCCGGCACAGCAAGGAGGAGCGGGAGGACCUGGAUGCUGACGAGAUAGAAGGUCCAGCCCCUGCCCCUGUGCAGAAUGGGUGCCAGGAAUGUGCAAUGGAGAUGGAAGAGGCCCAGUCCCCGGCUCCGGGCCUGCUCCGCCAGUGCCUGCUUUGGUUCUGUGGGAUGAGCAGGAGUGGGUCAGGGAGUCCUCCACCCACUACCGAGGAGGUGGCGGCAACCACCAGGCAGCUGGAGGACAUCAGUGAGGAUCCCGGCUGGGCACAAGUAGUCAACCUCAAUGCCCUGCUCAUGAUGACCGUGGCUGUGUUCCUCUGGGGCUUCUAUGCAUAAAGUCAAGUGUGCUGGAUGCCAUGAGCUACACAACCAGGGCAUGUCUGAGCCUCAUGAAGAGUGAGGGUGAGCAGCUUGGAGUGGAUCCCGGAAAAGGAACAGGGCAAGACUACAGCAGGAAGGAACCUGUUUCCUUCCUCUUUACCUGGGGUCCAGUCCAUUUGAUUGGUUGUCACUUCCCACAAGAUGAUGGCCAAUUGGUCAUAGAGGUUUGCCUAUACAAAAAUAAAGCUGCCCUUCUAACAUCC